CUGCCUGGCCUCCGGGCAGACUUUCCAGCUGCGCAAUGGCCUCCCCGAAGAAGAAGUUGCAGGGUCUUGUUGCUGCCACAAUCACACCAAUGACUGAGAAUGGAGAAAUCAACUUUUCUGUAAUUGGCCAAUACGUAGACUACCUUGUGAAAGAACAGGGAGUGAAGAACAUUUUUGUGAAUGGCACAACAGGAGAAGGCCUGUCCCUGAGCAUGUCUGAACGUCGCCUGGUUGCAGAGGAGUGGGUGACGCAAGGGAGGAACAAGUUGGACCAGGUGGUGAUUCACGUAGGGGCACUGAGCUUGAAGGAGUCACAAGAACUGGCCCGACAUGCUGCAGAAAUAGGAGCCGAUGGCAUUGCUGUCAUUGCACCUUUCUUUCUCAAGCCAUGGAGCAAAGAUGUCCUGGUUAAUUUCCUAAAGGAGGUGGCUGCCAGUGCCCCUGAAUUGCCAUUUUAUUACUAUCAUAUUCCUGCCUUGACAGGGGUAAAGAUGUCUUGUAGUACCUAUAACUACCUGGGAAAAAAGACAAACCAGAUGUUGGAGGCUUUUGAAAGGAAGGACUUCUCUUCAGCACUGAACUAUCAGUUUUGCAUCCAGAGAUUUAUCAACUUCGUAAUCAAACUAGGAUUUGGAGUGUCACAGACUAAAGCCAUCAUGAGUCUAGUCUCUGGAAUUCCAAUGGGCCCACCCCGGCUUCCACUGCAGAAGGCCACCAGGGAGUUCACUGAUCAUGCUGAAGCUAAACUGAAGAGCCUGGAUUUCCUUUCCUUCACUGGUUUAAAGGAUGGAAACUUGGAAGCUUGCAGCUAGUGUCUCUCUGUCCAUCAACAUGAGAAUAUUGAGGCCUAAUUACUGUGGAAAGCAUAUUCUUUACUCAGGGACUUUGUAGAUGAACUAAACCUCUUAUCCCAUGAAAUCUCACAUCAGUCAAUAAGUUUUUAAAUCUCUGUUUUGAGCCUAACAUAUUUUAUAUUGUAAAUAGGAGGGGGAAAUCUCUAAAAGGAGUCAGGAGCCCUAAGUCAUUCAUUUUACAAAAUUUUGGGGGAGAAUUUUCGGUUUGUAUGGCUAAAAGGGAAUCCAGGAGAAAACUGUAAUUAAUUUAGUUUCAUCUGCCUUUGGGAGCUCCCAUUAUCUUGAUGACUAAUUCUUAUUAUUUUAAAGUUCUCUAAUUUUAAACUACUUUCACAUAGUUUGGUUUUAAUAGUUAUUCAUUUGGCAUCUAGGAACACUCUGAGCUGUUGCAGUUAGGCAAGCAGUUUAAUACUAAAUUCAAAAUGGUCCAACUCUACAUACCAUCUCACUUGGCUCCUGAGCUGUCUUCAUCACCACUGCACAGCUCUGCUUUCAGAAUAAGUUUGUACUGUUUACCCUCCAAUGACUGGGCCAGGUGAGGACUUGCUUCAGUUCCUCCAAAGGGACUUGUCAGGUGGUGCUAUGGUUCAGAGGUAGUUUGUUGCCCCAAGGGUUCAUCUGUGGAAAACUUAGUUCUCAGUGUGAUGAUAUAGAAGAUGAUAGAGCCUUUAAGAGAUGGGACCUGCUAAGAAGUGCAAGUCAUGAGGACAGCCCUCCAGAUGUACUGCUGCUCUCCUUCAGGAGUUUGCUAAGACUAAGUUGUUAAAACAGCUUGAGUUGACUCAUCAAUUUUCACUGACUUUCUGGGAUGCGAUCUGUCCACUCACCUAUGUUCCUGCCACAUGACAUCAUCCACUAUGAAGUUUCACCAGAGCCCAGCAGAAAAUGGUGCCAUACCACUGAAGCUCUAGAACUAUGAGCUAAAUAAACCUCUUUUCUUUAUAAAGGUA